AAAACCAGAAAAUCAAACAAAAGUUAGGGGUGUUUAUGGUUUGGAUAUUGACCUAUUCCAGAUAUUAAAUAUGGUUCUGGUUAUUAACUAGACUUGGGCCUCGUAACCGGAUAUUUUAUCAGUAACUGAUACUGAGUACACAAAGCCGUAGAGCGAACUAGUGAAGUCUGAAGCCACCAAAACAUGAAGAAGAGAAUUUUACGUCACACUUUGAACUUCAACAAACUCCAUUCCCUUCCUCAAAUUCCCACCGCCACAACCCCUUCAUUUACCCGCUUCCUCCACACGCGCUCCACCCCGCGCUUCACCCCGCGCGUCGCCCACUUCAACAAUCUCCUAACCACCCUAACAAACUCUAACAAGCACAUAACCGCCAUUUCACUUUACAACCAAAUCGAAUUCAACCGUAUCAUCACCCCUUGUCUCAUCACUCUCACAAUCCUAAUCACGUGCUUCUGUCACGUGCGUCAUCUCGCUUUUGCUUUUUCCGUUUUGGGCAAAAUCAUCAAACGCGGUUUUGAAUUAGAUAUUGUUACAUUGAAUUCGUUUUUAAAAGGUUUGUGUGUUAGUGGGAAUGUUUUGAAGGCGUUGGAGUUUCGUGAUGAACUUGUUUCUAAAGGGUUUUUAUUGAAUGAGGUUAGUUAUGGGAUUUUGAUUAAUGGCUUGUGUGAAGAUGGGAGAAUUAAUGCAGCUAUUCAUAUGUUGAGAAUGAUGAAUGAAAAAAGUUGUUUGUUUAACGUUAAGGUUAAUGUUGUUAUGUAUAGUACUGUUAUUGAUUAUUUGUGUAGAAAUGGGUUUGUUAACGAGGGUUGUGAUUUGUUUAAUGAAAUGGUGGGUUAUGGUGUUUUACCUAAUGAGUUUACUUAUGGGUCUUUGAUACGUGGAUUGUGUGGUUUGGGGAGGGUGGGUGAAGCUUUUGGAUUUUUGGAUGAGAUGAUUAAGGAGGGUUUGUAUGUAAGUGUUUAUGUUUUUACUGUUUUGAUUGAUAGGUUGUGUAAAAAGGGUUUGUUAAUUGAAGCUCGCGAGGUGUUUGAUGAAAUGGUUAAGAGAGGUUUUGAACCUAAUGUUGUUACUUGUAGUGCUUUGAUGAGUGGGUACUGUUUGAAUGGUAAUGUGGAUGAGGCAAGGGAGGUUUUUGAUUCGGUUGGUAAGUGGGGUUGUGUGCCGGAUGAUUGGACUUAUAACAUAUUGAUUUGUGGAUAUUGUAAGGUUAACAGAUUGGAUGAUGCUAUGAAAGUUUAUAAUGGAAUGCAUCGCAAGGGUUUGGUUCCAAGCAUUUUUACUUACAAUUCUCUGAUUGAUUACUUUUGCAAAUGUGGUGCAGUUUCGCGUGCUUGGGAGAUUGUUAGGACAAUGCAUGGUAGUGGGGUGAUGCCUGAUAAUGUUACUUAUUGUAUCUUGUUAGAUGCUUUGUGUAAAAGACAGUGUCUUGAUCAGGCGAUUUUGUUGUUUAAUCGACUUGCUGAAAGGGGUUUGGAACCCGAUGUUUGGAGUUAUUCCAUUUUGAUUAAUGGGUGUUGCAAGAAUCGAAGGAUGGGUGAGGCCAUGAAUCUAUUGAAAGAAAUGCAGCAUCUUAAGAAUUUGGUUCCUCAUAUUGUAACUUACACUUGUCUUAUUGAUGGCUUGUGCAGAUCUGGGAGAAUCUCGAAUGCAUGGAAGCUUCUUCACGACAUGCAUGAAAAUGGUCCUCCCCCGGAUAUUAUCACUUACAGUAUCUUGUUAGAUGCUUUAUGCAAAAGCCAACAUCUUGAUGAGGCAGUUUUGUUAUUUAACCAAAUGAUCAAACGGGGUUUGGAACCUGAUGUGUGGUGUUAUACCAUCAUGAUUAGAGGAUAUUGCACGUGUAGAAGGAUAGAAGAAGCCAUGAAUCUUUUCAAAAAAAUGCAUUUGAAAAAUUUGGUUCCUGAUAUUACAACUUAUGCUGUUCUUCUUGAUGGUUUGUUGAAUUCAGGGAAAACCUUGUAUGCAUAUCAGCUUGUCAAUCAGAUUCGUGACAGUGGUCCACCUCCCAAUGUUCUCAAUUACCUAGAUGCAUUUUGCAGAAAUGAGCUGAUUUACAACAAUUGCCUUGCUUCGGCACAUUCUUAGCAGAGGAAUUUGUUAUUUUGAGUAUACAGUUAACUACACUUACUGAUUGUUUGUAUGAAGUUGGAAUAAAUAGUGCACAAGAUUUUCCAAGCAUCUUUUGAUUAAAGGAUGUUAUGCUUUGAAUGAAGUUGGAAUACUAAAUACCUUACUGAGAUUUUCCAUACAUACUAAAUGUUGUUAACAAACAUCUAGGGGCACAUAAAUUUAUUCCAGUUAUAGUUGAUGUCAAAUGAAUGGUCCAUUUCUGUACACAAUGUUUGGCUGCAUAUGUAAUGUAACUGUAGACUUGCAACACAUUUUUUGAAAUGAAUUAUUUUGAUAGGGAAACUCUGGACUUCAUCAGUUGCAUAUUUAAAUUAGAAGGCAAUCCUUUGUAUUCGAUUUGUCUUUUGUAAUGAUACUAUGCAUUUCUUGAUAGGAUCCGAUGACUGAUUUAUUUGAUGUGAAGGCUACAUGCUAUAAGCCUUGCAUGGUGAGAGAAAAUUGUUCAAUGAGAGAAAAUUGUCUUUCCCAGCUCUAGACAAAUGUGUGAAGAAUGCAGCACAGAUUGAACACAAAGGGAAAACAUAAUUUUUUAUCAUCUAUAUAUGAGCUGUUAAAGUCUUCCAUUUGUUAAAAUGAUGAAUGUUUUCCGAAAGAGUUGGCAUCCUGCGAAGGAGGUCUGGAGACGUCAGUUAGUGAACAUAUGACUUGGGAAAAGCAACAAUGUAAAUGAUGUAAACGUACUGCCUGGCUAUUCAGCCAGUUGCGCCUAUAUGGAUAUCACCUUAUAGCAAUGGACCUUCAAUGGCAAAGUACUAGUGUACCGUGCAACAUAUGCAAAUCUUUUUUACCAGUGAAAGAAAAUCACUAAAGCAGACUCUAUCUGCCUGCUGGCCACUUUGUUGGAUUCCAUUCUUAACUGGUGACUGCCUGUGCAUCCCAAGAUCCUCCAAUGAUGUUCUGUCCAAGAAGUUUGAGCAACAAUGCCCUUAACAGAGGGGGAAAAAAGAUGAAAUGCAGUGACGCGAGGUGAAAAUCAAUCAUUUCGACUUUUGACCUAAUUUCUGAUUGUAGUUUAUGAACAAAGUUAGAUCCAUUUUGUGCCAAGGAGAAAGCUAUUAAAGAACUCAUCAAAGCGACACAUAUUCUGUGACAAUGACCAUCUAGCUUCUUUCCUCACUGUCCCAAUUCCUACAGGAUUGGCAUGUGUUUUGGAGUGCAAAUGUCCUAAUAUCCUAUAAUAUUUGAUCAUGAAGCGCAGUAUAUAUUUGUGCAUGAGGUUGUCUAUUACCUUCGAGAUUUAUUUUAUCUCUACCAUUGUAAUA